AAUGAGUUUUGAGAAGAAGGAGAGAGGAGCGAGGGCGCGGGGGAAACAAUUAAGAUUUGUCCGUUGACAUUUGCGCCCGCUUUAUGGAGUCUGUCACGUGACGAGCGUCCAGUUUGCGUUGAUAAACACGGAAGUGGGACUGAAAUGUGAAAACAAAUCUUUGCCGCAUUGCCUCACAAAGUGUUAUGACACAGUCAUUACCGAUUCUUUUUAAAACGUGCACAAUCUUAGUUUACGCGAUUUCUGCUGUUAUUUUGAAUUAACCGUAAUUAUUUAUAGUUCUGCUGUAGAGUAGAUUAGCACAAUGAAGAACUGUAUUGCUGCUGUGAUAACACUAUGCAUUGUAAUGCAGGUGAAUGACGCUUUGGAUUUCGAGAAAACGCGCACGGCAUAUUCUGCAAAGAUCUUUGGGUUCUCAUGGGAGAACUGCGGUAAACCAGACGACCCAGCGGUUCUGAAGACCCUAACCCUGUCCCCGGACCCCAUCACAGUUCCAGGGGACCUGACGGCCAGUGCGUCCGGGAACACAACGGUCGAGCUGGCCGCUCCCCUCGCUGUGAAUGUGACCCUGGAGAAGGAGGUGGCAGGGUUCUGGGUCACGGUCCCAUGUCUGGAAGAGAUAGGGAGCUGCCAUUACACAGACGGCUGUGACCUGCUCAACCAGCUGAUACCGCCAGGACAGGACUGUCCUGAACCUCUUCACACCUACGGCAUCCCCUGCCACUGUCCCUUUAAAGCUGGGAUGUACACACUACCAGAGUCAGACUUCUACCUCCCUGACAUUGAGCUGCCCUACUGGCUGACCAACGGAGACUACAGAGUACAAGGAGUGCUGGGGGCUAUGGGGAAAGAACUGGGCUGCCUCAAAAUCACCUUAUCUGUCCACUCUAAUAACUAAAUAAUGGAUGAAUUACCUUCUCUUUACACUCUAAUAACUAAAUAAUGGAUGAAUUACCUUCUCUUUACACUCUAAUAACUAAAUGAUGGAUAAAUGACCUUCUCUGCCCACUCUAAUUAAAUGAUGAAUACAUUACCUUCUCUGCCCACUCUAAUUAAAUGAUGGAUACAUUACCUUCUCUGCCCACUAAUUAAAUGAUGAAUACAUUACCUUCUCUGCCCACUCUAAUUAAAUGAUGGAUACAUUACCUUCUCUGCCCACUCUAAUUAAAUGAUGUAUACAUUACCUUCUCUGCCCACUCUAAUUAAAUGAUGGAUACAUUACCUUCUCUGCCCACUCUAAUUAAAUGAUGUAUACAUUACCUUCUCUGCCCACUCUAAUUAAAUGAUGGAUACAUUACCUUCUCUGCCCACUCUAAUUAAAUGAUGGAUACAUUACCUUCUCUGCCCACUCUAAUUAAAUGAUGGACACAGGGAACAUUAUGUACCAUUCAAUGAGCUGGUGUACUGACAUGUUGUCUUCUUUAUUCUGAAGGUAACGUCUGCUCUCAUCUCUUCUCAUCUCAUCAAAGUGCCAAUUGAGAACUGGGCCUGUAUACACAAAGCCUCUCAGAGUAGGAGUGCUGCUCUAGGAUCAGUUUUACCUUUACAAUCAUAAUGAAUAAGAGAGGGGGACCUGAUCCUAGAUCAGUAUUCUAAAACGCUUUGUGGAUACUGGCCCUGUACCAAACAAGCAGUAACUGAGCUGCUACUGUAGUGGUACUGUAGUUUAAGGAUACGAUUCAGACUCACUUUCAGGUAAAAACAGUUAAGUUGAGUGAUUUUGCAUGGCUUGCUACUGUACUGCUAUGAACUUGUCAGAACCAUUAUGAUUGUUUUUCUUUAUGUUUUACACAGUUUUUUUUAUGCAGAAUUAUUUUUAUUCGAUUUCUUCUCAAGGUUGAAUGGCCGUGGGUAUGCUUCUAUUGGUCAUCGGCUUUUACCCUGGGUAAGGUACUGGUCACAUAACUAGUAGUUUUAGUAGUUUUAAAUGUGACAGUCGUUUCUAGCUGAUGCUUACUGUGUCAUAAUUUUUGGUUCUAUGGGUCGUAAUGCUACUUCCUGUUGCUAGUGGUGACACUUCUGAUUUUACGACCCCUGGGAAUAUGUUGUUCUUCCUGUUGCUAGUGGUGACACUUCUGAUUUUACGACCCCUGGGAAUAUGUUGUUCUUCCUGUUGAGGGUGUAUUGAUCAGUUUUUUUUCUGAAGGUGUUUUGUUGUUGACAUGUUCAAAGUGCCUAAAUAGACCUGCUGGAAAGGAGAUCUGCGAAUCAGGUGGGACUGUGUGAUGUUUCAAAGGGAAAUGGAAUGAAAGCAGCCAAUCAAUUCCCUCCCUCAUAUAAUACCGUACCAAUAGGCUAAUCCUGUUCUAUAACCAAUUAAAGUGUUGUAAGGAAUGUAAGUGCACUUCCUAUCUUAAAUAAUAAUUCUAAUGAAAUGGUUAUCAAGUAAAGAAGUCUUAAGGAAUCAACAUUGCAAUUGCACCUUGAUUAUUUAGAAAUGACGUGCUUACUACUGUAACAAAUCAGCAUUAUGUUGGUCAAUAUUUCACUGUAAAAACAUUUUUUUAAAUUAUUCAAUAAAAUAAUAUCAUAUAUGUUGGUAAGUCAUUUGUUUUCUGAAAUGCAUUACUGUAUUGCGCAAUCAAGGUGUUCAGGAUUUGAAUCUCUGCAGUUUCACAGGAUGGCCACAGGAUGGCACUAGAGGUUAACCGUUGAUUACAUGACGGAUAUGUUAGUACCUAGUCUUUCUGAUGUUGACCAGUCAGUCUGCAGUUGGAAAUCUACUCUUUGUGUCCUCAUUCCUGAUUUUUACAGGGUGUACUCCAAUUCACUUUACUAACAUAUGUCCAGGUGCUCUGUAGCCCCUCUCUCUCUCUCUCUCUCUCUCUCUCUCUCUCUCUCUCUCUCUCUCUCUCUCUCUCUCUCUCUCUCCCUCUCCCUCUCUCUCGUUCUCAAAAUACUCAAAAUAUGUCUCAGAGCAGAUGCCUCAAUCAAUUUAUAACAUUUUUGACAUGUGUUUUUCUGGAUGUUUUUGUUGUUAUUCUGUCUCACUGUUCAAAUAAACCUACCAUUAAAAUGA